ACCAUUAGGCGUUUGGCCUUUGCAAAAAAAUGAUACGUUUUCUUUAAUUCGUUACAUCGUAUGCUACUUCCUCAUGACCAUGUUGAUAAUCACGUUGUGCCUCGAAAUUAUUAUCGGUACAAGCGCUGCGUAUUUAAAAGUCGAUGCUAUUAUGCUUAUGAACUGCGGCAUUCUCGGUGUGCUAAAACUGUCGUACUUCCGCUUUAUACAUGUCGACAAUCUGAUUUCCAAUUUUUCUUCUGCCGUGAAUGAUUAUUCCACGAUCGAUACCGAAGAGAAACGUACGAUCAUGCGACGACACGCUUUCAUGGGAAGAGCAAUUUGUUACAGUAUCUUAGGUUUUACUUAUUUUUCUGCAAUAAUUUUCAUACUGCAGGGUAUGGUAUUAGGCGAUAAAGACGUCCAUGUUAAUGUAUCCAUUAAAAAUCAAGCAUCAAGCGGGAAAUUACCCGUGCCCGUAACAUUUUUUGGGGACUUGCAGUUUUCUACGAGUUUAUAUUUCAUGAUUUUUGCGGUGCAAUAUUUCGUAUUGAUGAUAUUGGCCACUAGCAAUUGUGGUAAUGAUACACUUUUCUUCGCAAUAACUCUCCAUAUUUGUGGUCAAUUGGAACUUCUAAAAAUCGAGUAUACUAAAUACGGUAUGGAAA